AUGGACUCCUCUUCGCCCAAGUUCGAGUUAGACGAGAAGCACUCAGAGAACACUGGCCCAGCGGAAGCCAUAGAUACAGGCCUGGCCGAAGUUGAAGCAGAAAAAGCAGAACCCGAUAAGGGCCCGUCUCUCGGAAAUUACCUGAGGAUCCUUUCCUAUGGUGCCAGAAAUGGAGGCAUUGUGGCCAUUAUUCUUGGUCUCGUUUGUGCCAUGGGAUCUGGAGUGGCAUUACCCUUGAUGAAUAUCGUCUUUGGCAACCAAGUCGGCAAUUUUAAUCAAUAUUUCACGCCGGGAUCUAGCCUUAAUGAGGAGACAUUCAAAGCAACUGUUAACCGUAAUAGCCUCUAUAUUGUAUAUCUCUUCAUUGGGAAGUUUGCUUUAACUUACGUCUCGAUGGUCUGUUUCCGGCUUAUUAGUCUCCAGGCUUCGGCAGCUCUGCGUCUGCAGUAUUUACAGGCUCUUUUCUCUCUCCCCAUCAGCAGAUUGGAUGAGGUGUCUUCUGGCUCAGUCACUCACGCAAUCACUUCCUUAUCCAACCAAAUCCAGCACAGUGUGUCUGAUAAAUUGGCUUUAUUGUUUCAGUCUCUCGCCUUACUGGUAUCAGCGUAUGCAAUUGCGUUCCGAUAUUCUUGGGCACUCACCUUGGUCGUUAGCUCCGCCAUUCUAUUCGUGGUGCUCGGCUUCAGCCUCACUAUUCCCUUUAUUGUAAAGGCUCAAUAUGGGGUUGACCAAGCUGAUCAGAAGCAUGCUUCCAUUGCAGCAGAUGUACUUGCCUCUAUCCGCACAGUGCUUUCCCUCAAUGCAGAAGCCCCUUUAAUCGCAAAGCAUUCGGCAUGGAUUGAUGAAGCAAGGAGAAGGGGAUCACGCAUGUCUGUAGUUACAGGCAUUCACCUGGGCCUUCUCUUUUUCGCCAUGUACGUCAGCUUUGGUCUAGCCUUCUGGUUUGGCCUAAAACUGUACCGUGAGGGUCAUAUUGGAAGUAUUAACGUCGUUAUAACGGUUUUCUUUUCUGUUCUCCUUGUGGUCACCAUUCUAGGAAGCAUCGCAUCUCCUAUAAUUAUUAUCGGCAAGGCCAUCAGCGCGUCUCGCCCGUUCUUUGACAUCAUUGACUCCCAGCAGCCUGUUCCAACCGGGCUGAGAGACCCAGACGUGUCCAGCGAAACGGAUAUCACCUUUGACGGGGUUACCUUUGCUUAUCCAACACGGCCAAAUACAAAGGUGCUGCGAGACUUCCAUGCUUGUUUCCAGCGAGGCAAAACGACUGCGUUGGUGGGAGCAUCGGGCUCGGGAAAAGUACCAUCGGUAGGCGACGUUAAUAUCAAUGAUUUGGACAUCAAGUGGUGGAGAUCCCAAAUCGGCCUGGUGCAACAGGAACCCUUUCUCUUCAACGAUACUAUUUUCAACAACGUCGCCUUUGGCUUGCUCGGUUCCCAACAGGAAAAUGAGCCAGAGACGGUAAAAGUCGAUCUUGUCAUCACGGCUUGUAAAGAAGCAUUUGCUGAUGAUUUCAUUCAAUACUUGCCUCUGGGAUAUUCAACAUUGGUCGGUGAGGGAGGAAUCACGUUGAGUGGCGGACAACGUCAGCGUAUAGCAAUUGCUCGUAGCGUUGUCCGACGACCUCCAAUAUUGAUCCUCGAUGAAGCGACCAGUUCAAUUGAUGUUCAUGGAGAGAGGAUUGUUCAGGCCGCGCUUGACCGUGUUUCGAAAGACCAAACGACAAUUAUUAUUGCGCAUCGCUUGUCAACUGUCAGGCGUGCGGAUCAUAUUAUCGUCAUGAAAGACGGGCUGAAUGUGGAAGCUGGGUCUCACAUAGACCUGUUAGCCAAGGGAGGAGUGUAUCAGGGCCUUGUGAAUGCCCAGAAGCUGAUAUCCCAAACAAUCUCUGAGUCUGUGGUUGAUGAGGAAGAGGACUUGCGGCUGCCUCAGGUAGCAGAUGGCAAUCCAGGCAAUACUAUCAUCCGCAGCGAUGAUAGUAGCAGGACCAAUAAUGAAUUUCAGAGCCAAGAUAAGGGCUCCUCAAAUGGGUUUCUGCGAAUUCUCAGCCAACAGCGCGUUCAAUGGCCAUUGUACCUCUUGACCCUAGUGGGCGUACUUGGUGCAGCUUCUGGUUUCGCGUUGCAAAGUUGGCUCUUUGCACAGCUUAUUCAAACAUUUCAGUUUUCGGGACAGAAACUAGUGAAUGCUGCAAAUUUUUGGGCGCUCAUGUUCUUUAUACUUGCGCUGGCUAUGGCAGCGUUCUACUUCACCAUAGGAGUUGGCUCAAACUCGAUCUCCGUCAAUGUCGCAUCCACCUAUCGCAAAGAGUACUUCCUCAACAUGAUCACUCAGCGGGUGGCAUGGUUCGAUCGGGAUGAAAACACAGCGGGGGCGUUAAUAUCCCGACUAUCUACGGAUCCUAAGCAGCUCCAGGAGCUCUUCGGCAUUAGUGGCGCUUUCCCCCUUGUUUCUAUAUUCAGUGUGAUAGGAUGUAUUGCCAUCUCUUUUUCGUUUGGUCCGAAGCUGGCGGCUGUCGCCUUUUGUGCUGGCACUCCUUUUAUGUUCCUAGGGGCCUUUGCAAGAAUACGGUAUGAGAUGAAGUUCGAGGCCAUCAAUGCAGAAGUUUAUGCAGAGAGUUCUCGAUUUGCCAGCGAGGCUAUUCGGGCGUUCCGGACUGUGACAUCUCUGACAAUUGAGGACUUCAUCCUCAAAAGAUAUUCCGAACAAGUCACCACGCAGAGACACCGGGCUAUGCGAAAGGCUUGGUACGCAACCCUGAUGUUUGCAUUUGCCGAUAGCUUCGAAUUAUGCUCCAUGGCACUCACAUUCUGGUACGGUGGCCAACUGCUUGCAUCACGUGAAUACGAUGUGGUGACAUUUUUCGUCGUCUACGUUGCCAUCAUUCAAGGAGGUCAGUCCGCAGGGCAAUUUCUCAGCUUUGGACCAAAUAUUGCGCAAGCGACAGCGUCAGGCAGCCGGAUUCUCAGCCUUGGGUCUGAAUCGAACGGCUGUGUGCAAUCCAGUCAUGUUGUACCUCUACCGUCCACACGCGAGAAAGUGCAGGCAGACAUCCAAUUCGAAGAUGUCUCAUUUCAAUAUCCCUCUCGGGAUGUCCCCACGUUUACUGGGCUAAACCUGAACAUUCAAAGCGGUCAGUUUGUUGCCUUUGUCGGGCCAUCCGGCUGUGGUAAAUCGACAAUCAUCUCUCUCCUUGAGAGGUUCUACGAUGCCACACAGGGAACUGUGCUCUUGGGUGGUCGUGACAUUCGUUCCAUCGAGUUAUCAUCCUACCGGAAUGCCCUCUCCCUCGUCAGCCAGGAGCCCAAGCUAUUCGACGGCACUAUUCGUGAUAAUCUUCUUCUCGGUCUAGCCGACACGAAUGAGAACACCGAGUCCCAAAUGGUCCAAGCUUGUCAAGAUGCGGAGAUCGACGGCUUCAUCACUUUCUCUCCCCGAAGGCUACUCCACGCCACUCGGCGUCAACGCGCAAGCCGCGCUGAGUGGAGGCCAGAAGCAGCGCAUUUGCAUCGCACGUGCAUUGAUCCUCUCGACUCUCAAUCUGAGAGUCUCAUCCGGGAGGCGAUGGAGAGACUGGCAGCCAAACGAGAUAUGACCAUUAUUGCCGUGGCGCAUAGACUGGCGACGAUCCAAAAAGCAGAUACGAUCUUUGUUUUCGGCCAGGAGACUGCCAGCCAAGGCACAAGGGUUUUGGAGAAGGGCACGCAUACUGAGCUAUUGCAAAAUUGGGGAGCCUAUUGGGAAAUGUGUCAAGCACAGGCGUUGGAUCAAUAG